GCCCUUGAGGGUUUGAGCUAUACUACAAUGGCAGAAAAGAAAGUUAAAGAGAUCAAAGCUGAUGAUGAAGUGAUCACAGCCGUCUAUAAAGUGAACCUUCAUUGCCAGCAAUGUGCAUCCGAGAUCAAGAAGCCUCUCAUGAGAAUCCAGGGGGUUUACAGUGUGGAUGCCGAUACGGAGAAGGGUGAAAUUAAGGUUAAAGGUGAGAUUGACGCCAUUAAAAUCCAUAAGCUUAUAGAGAAAUGGAGUCAGAAGAAUGUUGAAUUGGUAUCACCAAAGAUCAAGGCCAAGAACACUACCAUUACUUCCGGUGCUGGGGAGAAGAAAGAAGCAAUUAUACGAACAAUGUCAGUGAAGGUUCACAUGCACUGCGACAAGUGCGAGAAUGACCUUACAAAGAAAUUGCUUAAACAGAAAGGUAUUCACAGUGUUAAAACCGACAUGAAAGCGCAAACUCUGACCGUGAAAGGAACGAUAGAGUCUGAUAAACUAGUAGCAUUCAUGAGAAAGAAAGUGCACAAACACGUGGAACUUGUAACGGAGAAAAAGGAAGAAAAGAAAGACAAAUCAUCGACGGAGAAGCCAAGAAUUGAAGCUAAAUCAGGAGAGAAAAAUGAAAUCACAGAGUACUUUAAGGAGGAGAAGAAGGUUGAGGCAGCAGUUAUAACUAAAGAGGGGGCUACACCAUACUUUAUUCACUAUGUCUAUGCUCCUCAGUUGUUUAGUGAUGAAAAUCCAAAUGCUUGUAUCAUAAUCUAGCUAUAGCUGCAUACUUGAAAGAAUGUAUUUUCUAGGUUCUUGUGUUAGAAAUCCAAACCCAAACACAUCGGGCAUGGAUUCGUUCUUAAUGAGCCGUCAUCAUUGGUUCUUAGGUCCAAAAAACACGUAUAUGUGUGAGAGGCGUAAGACCUUUAUUGAUACACCACUAGGUUGGGUGGAAUAUUAGUUUUGA